AAACCCUCCUAGUUCAAACCUGGAAUAUAAAAGCCAGCCACUCUGAGAAUACCCACAAACCACAGCGGUCUAAUAUUAAGAGACAGAAACAUAAACUGUUAGACAGGGAGCCUGGAUUCAAUAAUUCUGACACUGUUUACAAAAGAUCUGUCUGAAUUAUUCUGGUUUUUGUAAGUGGAUAUUGAUUCGUCCCUGCUGAAAUUUUGUCAACACUAAUGAGCGGGACCAACUCUUCUGCUUAUCGAUCGGAGCGCAGCUUCCACCAGACGUCUUCAUCUUCAUCCUCAUCCUCAUCAACCUCAUCAAAUCCAUACAUGGAGAAAAGCCGGGGACUCUUUGCAGAGGAUUUUGGAUCUUUCAUGCGCCCCGGUGAUGCUUUGGGAUUUUCAAGUCGAACUGGGACACCAGGGAACAUCAAAACCUUAGGUGAUACCUAUCAGUUCACAGUAGAUGUAUGUGACUUCUCACCAGAGGACGUCAUUGUUACCAACUCCAACAACCAGAUUGAAGUUCGUGCAGAAAAGCUCGCUACAGAUGGCACAGUGAUGAACACUUUCACCCAUAAAUGCCAACUUCCAGAGGAUGUGGAUCCCACUUCAGUGACCUCUUUUCUCGGGCCUGAUGGGGCGCUCACAAUUAAAGCCAAACGGCAUCCUGCUAAACUCGAACAUGCACAGACUUUCCGUACAGAAAUAAAAAUCUAAAUCUAAUUCUUUACAUCCUU